CGGAGGCACGCCCCAAUACGCAGUUUGUCCCCAGUUGCUUCCCGUCCGCCAUCCCGGAAGGUGGAGGGGGGGAAAAAAGACAAGCUGCGACGCCUUGGAGCGACGCUUGCAGCUGAUGUGCCGCUGGCCCUUAAAAUGGAGAGCGACACAACCGUCCGUAGAAUAAAGCCGCCAUUCGGGACGCAGAGCGAUGUAGCGCCGGGCCACGGCAGCCCCGGGGGCCGCUACGGAGAGGACUACAACGGCUGGAGCGGCAGCGGCGUUAGUGAGCCGAAGAGGAAGCCCGACGUGAGCUUGGACCUGCUCCGAGAGGGUCCGGCAACUUCUCUGGUGUGCGUGUUUAUUCUGCUUCUGUGGGCACUCGUUCACUUGUCCCUCCAGCAGCUCGUCAUAGGGAAGCCGAGCGGGGAGUUCAACGCGGAGAGAGCCAGGCAGCACCUGGAACGCAUCGUCAACGUGGGACCACGGCCAGUCGGCAGCCACGAGAAUGAAGUGUUGACGGUGGACUACCUGCUGGAGCAGAUCGAGAAAGUCCGCGCGAUGACUGAGGUGGGCCCGCAUCUUCAGCUGAGCGUGGAUGUGCAGCGGCCCACCGGCUCCUUCUCCAUCGACUUCCUCGGCGGCUUCACCAGCUUUUAUGACCGUGUCACCAACAUCGUGGUGCGCCUGGAGCCCAAAGGUGGCUCGAAGCAUCUCAUGCUGGCCAACUGCCACUUUGACACUGUGGCCAACAGUCCAGGUGCGAGCGACGACGCCGUGAGCUGUGCCGUUAUGUUGGAAGUCCUCCACUCGCUCGCCAACCAGUCUACUCCUCUUCGCCACGGUGUCAUCUUCCUCUUCAACGGGGCGGAAGAAAAUGUCCUACAGGCCAGUCACGGGUUCAUCACUCAGCACCCGUGGGCCAAACAGGUGAGAGCCUUCAUUAACUUGGAGGCCGCCGGCGUCGGGGGCAAGGAGGUCGUUUUCCAGACGGGUCCAGAAAACCCGUGGCUGGUCCAAGCCUACGUGCACGCUGCCAAGCACCCUUUCGCUUCCGUGGUGGGCCAGGAGGUCUUUCAGAGUGGCAUCAUCCCCUCCGACACGGACUUCCGAAUCUACAGGGACUUUGGUAACAUCCCAGGAAUUGACCUGGCGUUCAUCGAGAACGGUUUCAUCUAUCAUACCAAGUACGACACCGCCGACAGGAUCCUCACAGGAUCCAUACAGAGAGCAGGCGACAACAUUCUGGCCGUCCUCAAGCACCUGCUCAUGUCUGAGGAGCUGGCUGACUCCUCCGAGUAUCGCCACGGCAACAUGGUGUUCUUUGACGUGCUCGGCAUGGUUGUGGUGGCGUACCCGGCUCGCGUCGGCACCAUCCUCAAUUACAUGGUUGCCGUGGCAACCUUCAUCUAUCUGGCCAGGAAAGCCUCUCAGCCAGGCAACCGCGGUGGGCGCUACGUUCGAAACUUGGCAUGCGCCACAGUUGUGGCCCUGCUGGGCUGGUUGGUCGCCUUCCUGUCUGUUCUGAUCGUGGCCGUGCUGGUGACGCUGCUGGGCCGCUCCAUGUUCUGGUACACCCAUUUCUACGCCUCCGUGUGCCUCUAUGGGUCCGUCGCCACCGGCAAGAUGGUGCUGGUGCACACGCUGGCCAAGAACCUUUAUUACAGGGGCGUGCGCAUGGUUGAGCUGGGUGAUCUUUACUUGGACGUGAGCCUGCUGCUCUGGUGCUGUAGCCUGCUGUGGAUGACCUACCGCGGUCUCUGCUCGGCCUACGUCCCCAUGCUCAUGGUGGCCUUCCCGUUGCUCACCAAGCUGCUGCUCGCCAACGAGUUCAAGAACAGAGGGGCGUCGCUCAAGUACAGCGUCCUCUACCUGGCGGGCCUGGCUUUGCCCUACCUGCACAUCAUGUUCCUUAUUUGGGUGGUCUUCGAGAUCUUCACGCCCAUCAUGGGCCGUAGCGGCACCGAGAUCCCCCCCGAGGUGGUCCUGGCCGCCCUGGUUACUAUCGCAACUGUUUUCCUCUCUUCCUUUUUCCUCCAUUUUAUCUACUUGGUGAGGAGCACCAAGUGGUUUCUGGCGGGCACGGGCUCCGUCUUCACGAUCGUCUUCCUGCUGGUGUCCAGCGGCCUGCUCUUCCCCUAUUCGGGAAGUCCAGAUCGCCCGCGCCCCAAGAGGGUCUUCCUGCAGCACACCACGCGCACUUUCUACGACGUGCACGGACACGUGGAGGCGCGCGAUUCGGGCGUGUGGAUCAACAGCUUCGACUACACGGGCAUGCAGCACGUCACGCCGCACGUGCCCCAGAUCCACGACGGCGUGCGCACCAAUUGCCGCGAGGACCGCCCCUUCUGCGGCUUCCCCUGGUUCCUGCCCGUCAAGUUCCUCAGCAAGAAGAACUGGUACCUCCCCGCUCCCGACGUUUCUCCGAGCUCCCCGGUGGACUUCCGCCUGGUGUCAAAGGAGGAGACCGGCUGGGGGACCGUCAAGAUGACGUUCAGUGUCAAAGGGCCAAGUCACAUGUCGCUCUACUUGAUGCCUCACCCCGGAGCCAGUCUUUCCACGUGGUCCUUCGGAGACGGAACGCCACAGUUUGACCUGAGCGGCGAGUACUUUGUCUUCUACUCGCACGGCUUGGACGCGCCCACAUGGACGUUCUGGUUUGAAAUACAGCCGCCCCGAGACAGGCCGCCGUCAGCGUCGGGCCCUGAUGGGAUGAUCUCGGUGGCCAUCUCCACCCACUACUUCUUUGGCGAGGACCAGAAGACGCCUCGGCUGGAGGAACUCCUGAGCCGCUUCCCCUCGUGGGCCUUCCCCUCGUCCUGGGUCAGCACUUAUGACUUGUACCGAUACUGAGGCACCGACACUGGUUCACCCUGCCUUUACACACACACACACACACACACACACACACACACACGCAGCCUGAGAGACCCCCAGUAUCACUGUGUCAGUAGCAAGUCGGAGCAAACACAUUUAUUUUGUUGAUCUCUAAUCUGUGGUGCCUUUUUUCUCCCCCUCCCCCUCACAUGCUAACGUGCUUAACAUGCUACCUCUUCCUCUUCAUCAGCAUACAGUACACUUAUCAGCACUGCACUCAACCCCUAUUCACCGCUUACGGAUUCAGAGUCGGCUUCGAAUCUUGAUUUGAGGCGUUCAAAUUGGCCUGCGGAGAGACCAAAUUAGGCGUUGAAAUUGGGAUUUAAUGCAGGGUUGGGGUUUGAAAUGAAGAAGCAUGCUGAUGUUGAUGAUGCUACCUCUCCUCUCCACCGCUAUCGACUUUAAAUUAUCUUUGAAACUGGAAAGUUUUUUUUUCCCAUUUCCCACUUUUGUCCAAUCACCACUGGAUGAAGCUAGCCUCUAAGCUAAAGGAAACCUAAUUCAAGCAGAAAUGAGAGGAAGUUCUGAAAAAUAUCAAGCUGUGAAAUCCAUUUUGUGUUUGUUGUCAUCUUUGAAAUGUCGAGAUGGGGGGGGAAACACAACAACGCUGCGGUCAGGCGGUCAUCCGAUAUCGCCACGGUAACACGAACAAUAACAAGAACUGGUUGCUAUUUACCAGGCCUGGCCAUCACAGGAAUCAUAAAUGAUCCGUUAAAAAAUAUGUGGUUUAUGGUUUCAAAGUUGGGCGUGAAGUCAAGAUUAGGGUUUCAAAUUAGGGUUUAAAGUCAGGAUUGCAAAAGGAUUAGAGUUGCAAAUUAGGUUUUGAAGUCAGGAUUCAGGUUUUCAAUUAAGGUUUGAGGUUGGGAUUCGGUUUUCAAGUGAAGGUUUGAAGUGAGGAUUGGGGUUUCAAAUUAGGGUUUGUACAAGUUUAUAGGAUUCAAGAUUAGUGUUCCGAAUAAGUUUUCAAAAGAGGGAUGGAUUUUUAAAUCUAUCAAACACCACGAUAAAUAUCAUGCAAAAACUGCAAUAACAAAAUGUAGUCACACUAGUCUGUAUGCAUUACGUUCACCGAACAACCAAGACUGACUACACUGUUCGGACUUGGAACCAUCCCGUUCAUCAACAUCACAACGACACUUGUCCGUCACGCAUCUCAUCACACACACACGAGCAUGUUACACGUACACAAACAGAUCUCGCACGCAUUCGCGCGCGCAAACAGAUGUUUUGCACUCACGGCACCCUGCAAGCAGUUUGACUGCCAAAAUGGGCACCCCACUGAGGAGGACAAACGUAUUAGGACGGCGGUCGGAGGCCAAAAGGCAGGUGGCGUGUCCCAGUAAAAAGCUACAUGAACGGUUAAAGCGGAUAAUGUAAUAUUUAUGGCUUUUUUUUUUUUUUUUUACUUUAGACUAAAAAAUGUGGUCCUCAAUAAGAACUUAACUGAUUUUUUUUAAUUUGCUGAAAUUACAUUAAAGAUAACAAACUGCAUUCAAGGCAAACAUGUUUAUAUUUUUUUUUGGGGGGGGGGUGACACAAAUGAACACACAACACACAAAAAGUACUAUGUGGGAGCCAUAUCCAAAUGUCUUAACCAUUUUUUUUCUCCAAGUUCAAACUUUGAAAAGCCACUUUUGGUUUUUAGUCUUUGUUUACCUUUGUUCUUAUGCUUCCAUGGCCUUUUCCAUGUUUCUUUCCCGACCCUCAUCACCUCCUCCACCAUUUGAAAUUUUUUGGGGGUGCGGGGGCUGAUGGAUUUGACACUUGACCGCUAACUGCUGUUUGUUUCUGGUUUUUGAUUGUGACAAAAAAAUGCAGUUUUGAGUGGCAAUGGACUGUUGGGAUUGUCGCUUUGGGAUGUGUUUAAUAUUGUACUGAUGAUUUUACAUAACGCUUGAAUGAAACAAGCACUUGUAAUUAAAAAAAAAAAAAUACACAAAUGA